AUGGCCGAAGUAUACAGGUUGGUUGCUCGAGGCAUUUUAGUAGCUGACUAUUUAACUAAUGUACAACGUCGUCGUCGUCGUCGUCGUCGUCGUCGUCGUCCAACUAAAACAUCCUCUAAUUUAUGUCAACCACUUUUAACUGAUGUUAUUAUCUCAAUUCCUAUUGAAAAUCGCUGCUAUUCAAUUGAAAAAUGUUACUUAACAUUUACUAAAAAUGAUCAGAUUAUUACAUUCAAGCGUAAUAAUAAUAGUUUUCCAGUGUUUUUCUCAACAAAAUUUAGACUUUUAAUCAAACACGAUCUUCCUAAUGAGGAAAUUUUAUUUUCAUCAUUAUCAAAAAAUAAAAUAAUAAAUACAACGAGAUUAUCAACGAAAUAUUGUUAUAGAGAAAAUAAACUUGCCAAACGAAAUACUCGACAAUAUGAUCGAUCAGAAUCAACAUCAUCAAUAGUAAUUACAUUUAAUUCAUCAUCGUUCAUUGAUUAUCGUCAUAGAGACACACUUGUUUAUCCACUUCGUUUAUCUGUACGGUUUCGUACAUUGGGUAGAAUAUCGAAUGGUGUUCUACUUUCUCUAACUCAUCGUAAAUCAAAAUCAUUGAUAAUACCAUUUAUUAUCAUUGAACAUACGAAUGGAAAAAUUGAAAUCACUGUUCUUCAAUUAAAUGAUAGAAACGCAUUAUCACCUGUCACUAAUGUUCAAUGUGGUAAAAAUGUCAAUAAUGAUAAUUGGCACAAAUUACAAUUUGAAAUCGAUCUAAAUGGUGCAUUUAAAGUUGUUGUUGAUGAUGAUACGCGAACAUCACAAGUUCCUAGUUAUGCUGUAUCGAGUUGGAAUAUAAAUGGACUGUUGGUUGGUGAUACUCGUCGUUUAAAUGAUGAUAUCUUUCAACCGUUUAUUGGCUAUAUGGGCGAUCUUAUAUUUAAUGAUGAAUAUUUAUUUGCGAGUCUGUCAACACGAAAACAACUUAUUCAAUCAUCAUUUCAUGCGUCUAGUCAACAUAUUAUUGUUGGCUAUCGGAUAGCAUUUUUUAAUUUAGUUACAUUAGAUACACAAACAUCGUACAUAGCAUUUUCUGAACGUGAAAGUCAAAAUAAGAAUCAUGGAAAAUUAGAUAUCUAUUUUUUAUUUCGCACCUACGUGCCUGAUGGACUGAUUUUAUAUCGUUAUGCGCAAGGUUUAAAUGAAUAUUUUGCUAUUGGCUUACGAGCUGGUAUAUUAACAUUGUUGAUUGAUUUCGGCUAUGGAAAACGACAAAUUGUUAGCGAUGAAUCGACGAAAUUGGCCGAUGGACGAUGGCAUGAAGUACGAGUGACAAGAAUUAGUACUGAUAAAAUCGAAUUAGUUGUUGAUAACCGUGUAAAUCGUUCGACAUUAUCAACCAAUGGGAUUCGAAAUGCUGUUUCCCUACAACCUGUACUCUAUGUCGGCGGAGUACCAAAUAGUAACAAUAUCAAUUUAACUGGGUCUGGCAUGAAUUCCUAUGGAUUUCAAGGAUGUCUAUCGAGUUUUAUCGUUGAUGGUCAUUUGCUUGAUUAUCAAACGGCCUUGGUACUUCAUGGCAAAGUUAACAUGAAUGCUUGUUCAGAUUUAAACAAACUUUGUUAUGAUUUUACGUGUACUCAUUCGGGUACGUGCAUAACCAAUGAUAACGAUGGGCCAAAAUGCGAUUGCAUUGAAACAGCUUACAUAGGCGAACGUUGUGAUAGAAUACCGGAUGGUUUUCAUUUUGGUAAACAUAAUGCAAUUGGCGCACUUGAAUAUGCGAUGACACAAGCGCGUCAAACCGAACAUGAUACAAUUGUUUUUGGUCUUCAAACAUAUUCUACAUCAGCACAACUGUUUCGUCUCGAGUCGGAUCUCGAUCUAUACAGUCUUGAAUAUGAAAUAGUCCUAGGACGAUCGUAUAUAAAAUUAAAUUUAGGCGAAAAGCAACCAGAUAUUUAUUCAGCUAUAACACAUCUUACAGAUGGUUUGUAUCAUUCAAUUAAAUUAAUUCGGAAAUUCGCAAGCAUCGAGUUAUAUGUUGAUGAUAUUGAAAUUAGAUUAGACGGAGGAAAUAAAUAUACAAAUCCAUUGGAACAACAGUCUUUUCUUGCACAACGACGAUUACGAAUUGGAAAUUUUAAAAAUAUUUCACAAUGGAACGGAAUACUUGCUGGCUUAACACUCAAUCGCCAAUCAAUAUUUGAUAGUCUUAGUAAAACAUUGCUUCGAUCGGGUGAUGUUGAAGAAGUCUAUCCGGAUCAAUAUACUGGCCAAUUUAAUUUAACACCAGUUUCUUUCAUAUCUUCAACUACUACAUCUAUUCCUGGAACUCGAAUUCUAACUACUGAUAUCUUGAAUCUACCAAUGGAAACCUCUAGUACUCCCAUUAUAGGCCAUCUAUAUCAUAGUGAACCAAUAACAAAUAUAAAUAUGGUUUCCCCGCAACCAGUUCAUCGUCGAGGAGCGGUUUUUCAAUGGUUUUCAAAUCAAACAAGUCGCUUUCCAAUUCGUAAUCUUAUAAUUGGUUCAGUAUUAGCGAGUUGUUUCAUUUUAUUUCUAUUAUUUAUCAUCAUUCGUUUUCAUUGUACAAAUCGUGCAAUAGGAAAACAAAAACUUGAAUAUAAAUGUACUCAAACAAACGGAAAAGCAUACUCACAAUUACAACAACCACAACAACAAGAUCGACGUUUUUCACUUGUGCCGCAGGAAAUACACGAUUCAAAGAAACGUGUACCCAACUUUCUUCGACAUUUGCAUACAAAUGAAGCUAAACCGACAUCGUUUCGUUUGUCGACCAAUGGCGGUGAUAGUUAUCAUCUUAUAUCAUCAAUACAAGAUAAUAAAACUUUACCCUAUCGUAAUUCGGAUUGCGUUCUAAAUGAACAUUGCUGUAUUCAUUCAAGUUUUUCUCAACCAGUUUCGUCACCAUCAUCAUCGCUCUACCAUCAAAUCAAUCGUUUAAUGUUGUCCGGAAGUGAGCCGCCAUUGCCAAUGUCUAAUAUUGCGCAAGCCCAUGCUCAUUCGAUCGCUACGGCAACCUUACGAUCAUUGAAAAAAGAAGUCGACAAUUCAAGCGUACAAACAUAUUCUGCUGUUUAUUCAUGUGAUCUUGUUUCGAAUUUGGAUAUCGACCAAGAUGCUGUACAAAAACGUUUGUCAGUAAAACGAAGAUCGAUUCUGAAAAAUACCCAUUCGUCAGCUAUUCAAACAAAAAUUCUAUUUCUUUACACUAAAAACCUUGUCGAUUGUUAUGCAUUGCAACCAAAUAAUCGAACAACUAAAGAGCCCAUCGUUUUAGCUACAUCAGAUCAAAAUCGAAUUCAAUUAUCUCACGCUCUUACUGGAAGUUUUCAUUCUCGAUUACCGGUUUCAUCAGUUGGUUUGUGUCAUAAUAUAUUAUUUUCUUCUAAUGGUCAAUAUUUAAUUGCUCUAUUCUAUGAGAUCACAUCAAAUAUCAAUCCAUACUCUGUUAAAAUUUGGUCCACAAAUGAUAAUGCAAUUCGUACAAAUUUACAUCCAAUAAAAUGUACGUUAGCAUCAACAUCUCAAAAUGCAUCUCUACUUUAUAUGGCUGGAAAACAGAAAUACGGCCGAGGCAUAUCCCUUGGUCUACUGGAUAUUGAUACGUGUAGUCUUUCGCGUGAACUCAAAUCCGAUCCUGACACAUCCAUAGGUGAUGAAAUUCGGCGUAUUAUUUUAACUAAAAAUGAAACCUAUGCAUUAAUUGCUUGUACAGAACAUGCAAGUACAUAUACAUGUUUUGUUAUAUUUAAAUUAGAAACAAUAUCAAGUUCAAAUGAAGAGCAAUCUUCGUCGAAUAAUUGUACGAUGCUGUUAACAAGAUUCGAUUCCGAGCCGGAUAAUACAUUUGCUAUCAGUGAUGAAUCUAUUUUAACUGUAUUACGUACAAAUGAAGUUGUUAUAUGGAAAUUGAGUGAUGGAGAAAUUUUAUUUACUUAUGAUUUUCUCCAUUUAAAUUCAGAAAAUAAAAUACAAAAUAUUCGUCAUUGUCAAAUUCAUGAUAAUCGUUUAGCAAUACUUCUCGAGUCAGGCGUGGUCUACAUAUGGGAUGUAACGCUUGUGAUAGCUCAAUUUUCAUUGGUUGCAACUAUAACCGAUCCAUUAAUUCAUUCCAUAAGUUGGCUUGAUCAGCGACAUUUUCUUUCCAUUGAUAAUGAUGGCCAACGUAUUCGUACAUGGAAUGUAAAUCGAAAGGACAACAUCAAUGAAUUAAUAUGCUCUCAAGGUUCACUUCAAUCAUUAGAUGUGCAUGCAAUUAGCAAUGAUUCUAAUAAACGUCAAGAAUAUUUAAUCAUUGGUACAUCUAAACAACAACGUGAUUUACUUAUAUUUGAAUAUACUCAACCAUUUGAUGAGCAAAAGGAUUCAUCGAAUGUUUCUAUUUGUUAG